AUGGAGUCCCUAGCACGUGGUUUGCUACCCUUCCGGGAUGUGAUAGGUAAUGUGGCGGGAAUCCUAACGGUGGCACAAUUCCUCAGCGGAUGUUUCGCGUGCAAUCAGAUUCGUCUGAAAGGCACUUCGGAAGGCUUCUCACCGUUGCAGUUUGUCCUUGGUGGUGCAUUGACUGCACUGCAGCUGAAAUACUCUCAACUGCUUGGAGUGAAAACGAUGAUUCUCACCAGUGCCUAUUCGUUUGCAAUCUGCGUGGUUUAUUCGGUUUGGUUUUUCGUGUACACUCCAAGCAGCAAACGAGGUGCGUUUUGGAAGUUAGUGCUGCAGACCGUUGCUGUUUUGAGUGCCGUGCUGCUCUAUGCUGGCUUGGAGAGUCCUGACAAAAUUAGGUAUCGUUUCGGAUUGCUAGUUACCGUACUGACUCUUGCCUACAUUGGACUUCCGUUGAUGAGACUGGGUGAGGUUGUCAGAUGCAAAAGUUGCAAAGGACUUCCCCUGCCGGUUAUUCUGGCCAGUACGGGGGCUUCCGUUCUGUGGCUUUUGUACGGAAUUAUUUUGCAAAACUACUUCAUCAUUAUUCAAAAAGUGAUUGCUCUUGGCUUAUGCACUCUUCAACUAUCUCUGUUCGUGAUUUAUCCAGCGACCAAAAGUGGAAAAGCAACCAAAACAGAAUAA